GGGAAGGCGGACGGCUGCUCAGGCGAAGGGCUUGCUCUCUUAUCUUGUGUUUGUGCUCGGCUCAGCUGCUCCCUGGCGCUCGCUGUCCCCCUCUUCAGCUCCGACUCUGCCUGUCCUGUGCUCACACUCCAAGCCCACCUUUCCGCCGGAGACUGCCCGCCCGCCCGCCAGCUUUGCAGGUAAAGCCGCCGACGAUGCACGGGGCUAAGUCGCCUUGCGAGUCCAAGGCGCCGCCGCUGUGAUUGAUGCUGAAGUUACAAGGGGUGCAUGGGUCGGUGAGGGCUGCGAUGGCGGGGCCGGUAGUCACCCCGUGUAAUUGGAGCUGCAACGACACCACUCCCCACGAUGUCCACUCCUACUCGGUGCAGGCGGCCGUCACCCUGACCUCGGUGGUCGCCUUCAUCAUCAUGGCCACCAUCUUCGGCAACGUGCUGGUCGUGAUCGCCGUGUUCACCAGCAGAGGACUGAGGGCUCCGCAGAACCUCUUCCUGGUGUCGCUGGCAUCCGCCGACAUCCUGGUCGCCACUCUGGUCAUGCCUUUCUCUCUGGCCAAGGAGCUGAUGGAUUUCUGGUACUUUGGCAGAGUUUGGUGCGAGAUCUACUUGGCCUUGGACGUGUUGUUCUGCACCUCGUCUAUCGUGCACCUGUGCGCCAUCAGCCUGGACAGAUACUGGUCCAUCACCCAAGCCAUCGAGUACAACCUGAAGCGCACCCCCAGGAGGAUCAAAUGCAUCAUCGUCACGGUGUGGGUGAUCGCCGCCGUCAUCUCCUUCCCCCCGCUUAUCUCCAUCGGCAAGGAGACAGGCCUCCGGGACAACCCCCAGUGUGAGAUCAACGACGAUGAAUGGUACAUCAUCUCCUCAUGCAUCGGUUCCUUCUUCGCCCCUUGCGUUAUCAUGAUCCUGGUGUACGUGAGGAUCUACCAGAUCGCCAAGUCGAGGACCAGGCAGAAACAGCCCGGCAAGAACGCCGGGCACAACGGGCUCCGUCCCUCACCCUCGCCCAACGGCGACAGGAGGAACGGCACCAGCAGAGCGUGUCCCAGCCAAGCGGCAGAAGCCAACGGGCUGGAACACGAUGAAUCCUCGUCCUCCGACCACCACUGCCCAGCCAAGUCCAAGCUGGAGGUCCGGCCCAAGGCUACGGGAGUGACGCAGACGGUGCAGGGCAAGGUGGUGAGCGGCCUGCACAAGCCGGAGGACGGUAGUAUCCCUAAGGCGGGCCGCUGGAAGGGAAGACACAACCGCGAGAAGAGGUUCACCUUCGUGCUGUCCGUGGUGAUCGGGGUGUUCGUCAUGUGCUGGUUCCCUUUCUUCUUUACCUACUCCCUCACCGCCAUCUGCCCCGACAGCUGCCGCCCGCCCAAGACACUCUUCAAAUUCUUCUUCUGGUUUGGGUACUGUAACAGUUCCCUCAACCCGCUCAUCUACACCAUCUUCAACCACGACUUCAGGAAGGCUUUCAAAAAGAUCUUGUGCAGGACAAGGAAGGCGCAGAAAGUCUGAAGUGAAGCGGAGAUUGCGGGUCUUAUUUUUUGCACCCUGCCUCCCACGUUUAACUUUGUAUAUUUAUGAAUGCAAGGAAUAAAAAGGAAUGUUGUUUUUUUUUGUUAUUUUUGCAUUAAAGUCUCUAUCAUCCCAGUGGGUGUUGCUGGGGGUGGGGGGAAGUUCACUGCGUGCGAGACUUGUUUGGCCAGAUAGAAUUAGACAAGUGAUCUCGGAGCUCCGGCCAAGCUUGGGAAUUGGAUUAUCUGUAAAUGUCACCCCCGUUUUCUCCCUUCUGAACCCAUCCUUCUCAGCUUCACUGUUUCCCUUGUCGCAAGGUGACUCAGGACAGCCAGUCACUCUGGCGAUAGGAAACAGAAUCGACGCUUUAAUUCGCCGAACUUUUGCUAUCAAAAUUGCUAUCAAUGUAAAAGCCGUAGCGAGGACUUCUGAUUACAGGCUUAUAUGCACAAGAUAAGCCAACUUGUUGGUUACUGUUGGUUAAAAAAUACCUCGCCGUCUAAAAAUGCAUCCGCGUCCGCUUUAGACGAUCAACAAACUUUAUCCAUUUAGCGGUAGAUUCUGACAAAUUCUGCUUAAAACCUGGCCAAUAUUUUAUCCCCUGCAAAGUCCCGACCAGAAGCGGCGGUGUCGCAUUGAUUGUUUUUGGCGACUUGUCCGAUUCAAACACGCACAAGACGAUAGUUAUUUGGAAAUCGAACAGCGUUAAUGCUUAUAUCAUCAUUAGUCACCAGACUAGCUUGAUCGACCUCGCGCCUCUAACCAUUGGCACCUCAGAGGGAAAUGGUGUUAUCGGUUGGACCCCGUCGCAAAAGGAGCUGUGAGACUAAGUGGUUUCGCGAGGCUGGCUUCAUGGAGUGUUUCACAGCCGGAAGAGGGAGGGUGUUCAAAGAUCUGCAACCAGAGAGCACAAUUGUAAAACCCAGGUGUUCAUUUAACAGCUGAUGAUGUGAUUUAAUCUUGCUCUUAUAUGGAAUUAAACCAACUGGU